AUGAGUAAUGUCACCGCACCGGAGCGUGCUCUCCACCUCCCAGAGCUCCUCUCUCAAAUCCUCGAUUUCCUCCAAAAAGACCAUCCUUCCCUCCGCUCCGCCCUCCGCGUCAACUCCCUCUUCCACUCCCAAAGCAUCAAAAUCCUCUGGCGCGAACCCCCACCCCACGGCCUCUUACACAUACCCCCAGCACGUCGACAAAUCUACGCCAACCACAUCCAAACCCUCYCCUUCGACGGCGAUUCCGAAUCCAUUCAUUCMGAAUACACACUCCUAACCUUCCCCCAACUGCAACAUAUCAGCAUAGACACCAACAGACCCAGUGAUACGACUCCCUGGAUAAAACAAUACCUACAACCCAACCUCCAAACCUUCGAAUUCUACGGCGGAAACGUGCACGAAGAUCUCCGCCACCUUCUCUCCGCGCACUGUCCAAGAUCAAAAACUCUACUCCUAGACAACAUAGGCAUCGACAUCCCAGCGGAAAAUCUGCCAGAAUUCCUAAAUUCUUUCCCCCAACUCAUAGAUAUCAAUCUAUCCUACCAUGCAGACUACACUCCCCAUUUCCCCGAAGAAAUCUUCCACCAUCUCGCCACAAAUCCAAAAUUACAAUCCCUCGGCUCCUGGACUCCAAUCCCCCUCUCAGCAAUCCAUCUAGUAGCAAGCGAAAAGACUAUCCCUGAACCAUUCCCCAACCUCAAAACCCUCAAAAUCCACCUCCAAGCCAGCGCUCUAUCCUCUCUAAUCCCCCUCCUACCCAAAACCCUACGGCAUCUAAAUUUAACAAUCGACCCGGACGUCCCUCUAAACCUCCUGGCAACAAUCUCCCCUCUACAAAACCUCUCCAGCCUGAAAAUCUCCCAUCACCCACAACCCUCCCUCCCUCCCCUGAAGGAAAAUCCCGAAAUCCUAAAGAAAUUCCCUCAUCUCCGCGAACUACGUCUCACAGAUGAGGAAAUACCCAGUCUCUUCACGAAUCUCUCCCCCGAAAAUCUCAACGAUAUUUGGAAAUCCUUACCGGGUUUAGAAAAAGUGGAACUCGCGCAAAAAUUAGAAAAUAAUACCCCUCUCCUAAAAUCUCUAGGGAGGAAUUGUCCAAACUUGACAGAGAUUCUUCUAGGAGGGAAAUGUCAUUUCCAGGAACUUCAACAUCACCACGAGAAACCUCUGUUCCCAGUUCUGAAAACGCUGGGAAUGGAUGAAAUCAUCUGGUCCACGGACGAACCGAUGGGGGAGGAAAGAGGGGGAUUUGAGGAGGAUGCUCAAAGAGCUGUUGAGGAAUUACAUCGACUUGCGCCGAUAUUAGAGGAAUUUUAUGUUUUGGACCAUCGUGAUGAUGAUGCUUUUACAUUGGAGGUUUUGAGGAUUUGGGAGGACAGUUUACAAAGUAAAAAGUAG